AGUCGCCAUUUUGACAUUAUCCCCCUAAUGGAGUUCCCUCUACUAUCACUACUUCUCAGCCUCUCCCCUGUCCUCGGGUCAGACUUCCAUGCUGUUGUCGUGGAACUCGCUGAUCUGCGACUGGCUGAUAAAACUCGUCAAGAGCUCUCCACUAUGUUGGGCAACGACUAUCGCCUUUCUACCACUGCUAACUGGGUCGCGAGGCUCACCUAUCCCUGGCUAGCCGGCCUCAGCACUGCUUACAACGACCACUGCAACUUCAACUACGCCCGAGACUGUACCAACAACGGGCGCUGUCUCGCGGGUUCGAUUUGGAACUACACCAACAGGAUGAUCGAUCCUUACCUCUCUACUAAAGAGCGGAGCGAAGCUGUGAAGUUCCUCGUGCAUUUCGUUGCUGAUGCUCAUUUGCCUCUGAGUGCUGGUCGUUCAUCAGAUCAAGGUGGCAAGAAAAUAAACGUUCACAUCAAUUUCGCCGAUUUCAGUAACGUCGACUUGAGCAAAGCCUGGAGAGAGAAAAUACUGGACGAAAUGCAAGGUGCGUUAUAUCCUGGCAAAUACGUUCAACAAGAUUCAAAUAGCAGUUCCCAUCGUAUGAAAUUCUGGCGAGUCACUUCUAACUCCAUUGGUGCUGACCUCGACCAGAAGUACGCCGGUAUGGUGCCUUCGUGGUUGGCUGAAUGCACUCAACAUGGUAUUAACGCAUGUAUUGAUAUGAUACUCAAUGAAGCUGCUGACCUUGCUUGUCGUAUCGCGUACCGCAAUAUGGACGGUCGCGAUAUACAAGACAACGACGGUUUGAGUAGAGAAUAUUACACAAGUAGAAUCGGCAUGUUGCGAGAGCAACUGGCGAAGGCGGCCAUUCGUCUAGGGUGGAUCAUGGAUGAGGCCUUUAAGAACUACACUGGUGUCACCACUACCGUUAGACCUGUCACCACUGCUGGUCCUGUGUCACCCUCAACAACAACUACUAAGCCUAAGUCUAAUGCAAUCAUUACAUCCCCAUUUAUUAUGAUUUAUUACAUUUCAGCUUUUUGCGCUUAUGCGCUCAUUUAAAUUGCUUAGUAGCUCAUUUC